AUGGCUUCAAAAUCCUCACUCAUUCUCUGUGUUCUUGCAAUCUGGACCCUUGAUUUAGCUCAAGGUGGUUCAUCAACUCAUCAUCAAGCUCCAACACCAUCAUUGGACUGCACAAACCUUGUCUUAACAAUGGCUGAUUGUUUGUCUUUUGUAACAAACGGUAGCACAACAACAAAACCAGAAGGUAACUGCUGUUCUGGUUUGAAAUCUGUGCUCAAAACUGCUCCUUCUUGCCUCUGUGAGGCGUUCAAGAGUAGUGCUCAGUUUGGUGUUGUCUUGAAUGUCACCAAAGCUACCUCUCUUCCUGCUGCAUGCAAAAUUUCUGCUCCUUCUGCUACUAAAUGUGGAUUGUCUGAAACUCCUACUUCCGCACCUGCGGUUGCUCCUGUUGGAGGACUCUCUCCACAAUCAUCUGCAACAUCUCCGACAUCUUCUGGUUCAUCAUCUUCGACUUUGAAUGGUCCUGGAAAUGAGUUAUCUCCAGCACCAACACCAUCUCUAGGGAGCACAGCAUCAGAGCUAUUCCCAAUUUCAAUGAGAUCCUCACUUGUUUGCCUAUUGGUGGCUAUAAUAUCACUUUUUUAA